AUGCGAUACCAGUUUCGUAUGCUGCACGUGCCAGGAAAGCUGCUAGCCACAGCUGAUACGUUGUCGCGCAUCACCUACAAGACACCCGCUCCUCUAGACACUAUCGAACGUUUUGCAGCACAGGUAGUCGGCUGCACGUCGGAAGUCUUGCCACUCAGCCCUAAAGACGUGCGACAGGCACAAGAGUCCGAUGGUGAGUGCAAAGCCCUCGCUUCCUACUGCCAGAAUGGCUGGCCUAGAAAGACCACGAUACCACUGCACCUCUCAAAGUACGCCUCUGUGGCAGACGAGCUCUCUGUCUGCGACGGAGUUCUGCUGAAAGGCGCCCGGAUAGUGAUGCCAUCGUCCCUUCGGCCAGCGCUCUUGACGCUGUUGCAUGAAGGUCAUCAGGGCAUCAACAGGACCAAAGCCCUAGCUCGGGAGUCAGUUUGGUGGCCCGGUAUCUCGACAGACAUCGCCUCUCUCGUUGCCAACUGUGAACAGUGCGCUUCCACCCGCGUGAACUUUGCCGAGCCCCUGCUCUCCACGGCCCUACCUGGACAUCCCUGGGAAUUCCUUGGAAUGGACUUGUUCCACCUCAACGGCCAGACGUUCAUCCUGGUGGUGAACUAUUACUCAAAGUUCCCUGAGGUAGUGACCCUGAGGAGCACGACAGCUCAGGCAGUCAUUGGCGCUCUCAAAUCCAUUUUUCCCCGCCAUGGAAUCCCGCAAGAAGUCAGGUCAGACAACGGCCGACCGUUCUCGUCGCAAGAGUUCGCGGCGUUUGCAGCGUCAUACGGCUUUAACCACAGGACCAGCAGUCCACACUACGCUCAAGCGAACGGAGAGGCGGAGAGGAUGGUGCGCACUAUCAAGGACCUGUUUCGCAAGUCAAAGGAUCCUUAUCUGGCUCUGCUCAGCUAA